GCAGUUUCAUUUCUCAAGAUGACUAAUGCACGACACAUUGCCAUGCACUUUUUAAUCCUCGCUGUUCUGCUGUUCAUGGGAAGCAGUGCAUCAUCUGAAGUUGAUGACUCUUUGUUCUCUGAGGUCUUGCUGAACCAGUUGGAAGAUGCAGAAGCUAAAGGCAACAUGUCCAAGAAGCCGAGCCUCCAACCCAAAGAGAAACCGCCUCUGAUAGAAACAUACACACUGAAGAAAGAUGGCCGUGUGUGUAUUAUGGCCAGGCUUGGUGUGGAGUUUGUGGUAAAAGAGAACAAGAAAACAUUGUAUUUGAACCUGGACCCCAAAUCCACCAAGGUGACAGGAUACUGUGCCGUCCAGAAAGCUGUUCUCUCGCUCAUAUUUGAUGGAGGGAAUCUGGAAUUUACAUUCAUCAAGAAUGGUGAUCAGUCAUAUGUGAGCACAGUGAGAGUGCUACUGGAGCCUGAGCCUUCCUGUAAACAAUGCAAAGGCAAAAGCUACCCCGGCAUUAUGGACCAUGAAAAGCUCUUCAAGACUAACAAGGGCCAAAGCUUCAAGUGCCAAUCUAAGACUUCCUUAAUACUGGCUGACAACCUGGCAAUUAAAUUAAUCCCUAUGCAGGUUCAAGCAUUUAAUCUGUCCAAGGGCAGUUUUGGAAAAGAGAUGGAGUGUUGGGCCGACUACACCAAGCGGAUCAUGCCCAUCGUGGUGGGCGCUGUAGUCGCAGGAAUAAUCCUCAUUGCUAUUCUGGUGUAUGUGCUCUUGCGUGAACGCCAUAGUCAAGGCUACGAACAACUCUGAGUGUGAUCGACAUCAAAACCUCAAGAAAAAACAUUGUAUAACAUCCUAAAGCUAUAUCAAAAACCAGCCUGUUAUACUCUUGGCACUAAAUACUCCAUGAUUACACUUUUUCAGAAUUUUGUAACAAACCGUUUAUCUGCCAUCAUAUGCUAAAAAAGUGAAGUAAAUAAUGUUUACAACUUUUUUUUUCUUUACCAUUCCGAAAGAUAAAUAGGGGCCUUCAUGAUUUGACUGUUGGCUGUAUGUGAAUGACAAAUGUGUAUUAAUGUUGAUUAAUGAAGGCUUCAUGUUUACUUUUACAUGUAUACAUUUGAUUUUUUUUAAAAAGUAUAUUAAUAGCAAUAAAAAUAUAAAGGAACGUCA